AUGUCUUAGAAAAUCUUUGAAAAGAAAGACGUAAUAAAAUUAUAUUUGGAUCAAAAAGGAGAUGUUGAUUAUUCAAAAUCCAAGAAAGAUGGGAUGAAUUGAAAAAAUCAAAUUCAACUUAGACAAUAAGCAUUUUACUUAACAAAUAAUAGAGAAAGUUAAAAAACUUACUCAAGAAGAUUAACUAAGACUCUUAGACAUCAUGAUUGCAAUUAUGAUAGCUCAGUUGGUAUUGCUGCUACAAGACCUGAGGAUUAUGAUUUCUUCCUCUUUUAUUUAGAACCUUUUAUAAGAGAAUAUCACAAAAUUGAAGGAUAAACUAAGUAAGAACAUGAUUGGAUUACCCAUUUAGGUGAAUAUGUUCUUACAAAAAUUGAUCCAAAACUAGAAAAAGUUUCAAUGAGAGCAAGAGUUGCCAGAAAUGUAGCUGGAUACAAUUUACCUUUAUCAAUGGAUAAAGAUGAGAGAAUCAAAUUUGAAAACUAAAUGGUUGAAGUAUUUGAAAAAUUUGGUUACCCUGGAAAAUAUUAUAGUUUAACUCCAGGACAUAAAAAUUUAAUUUCAAAUUAAGAAGCUGAUGUUCUUAGAAGUAAACACUUCUUGUUCAUAAGUAUGACACAUGAUAAUUACUUAAUGUCUAAUGGUAUAGCUUCUGAUUGGCCACAGAAUGGAAGAGGUAUUUGGAUCAGUGAAGAUGAAACUAAAAUGGUUUGGAUUGGAGAGGAAGAUUAAUUGAGAAUCAUAUCUAUUGUCUAAGGAAAUGAUCUUGGUAAAGUAGAUUGAACAUUACAUGAAUUAUUAAAAGAGUGGAUUAAAGUUUGUAGAACGUCCUACUUAUGGUAUAAUUACGAUAUGUCCAACAAAUAUGGGAACAGGAAAAAGAUAAAUUUAUAUUAUUAUUUAUAAUACUUUUUAUUCUUAAAUUUGAAAAAUAAUAUUUACUUAUCUGUAAUCUAUUUUAGUAAAAUUCUCAAAUAUUACAAAAGAUGGGAAGGAUUAAGCUAAAUUAAAAGAUAUUGCUAAAUCAUUAGAAUUAUAAGCAAGAGGUGUUGGUGGAAUAAUAUUCAAAUAUGGAUAGUGAAGGAAUAGCUGAUAUUCACCAUCUGACAGAGGCAAUUGUUACUAAAAGAUUGUAUGAAGGAUUAAUCAAACUUUAUGAAAUUGAAAAGAAUGCCGCUAAUGAGAAAGAUAGAUAAAAUUGUUGCAAUACAUUUUGA